AUCAUAUGGUCCAAAUGGUCGGUGGCCGUAAGAAAUAACGUUAUACCGUGAAGUAAUGGUUAUCUGUUACGGACUUUGGAUGCUUCCGUCCACGACGGUGUACAAGGUCUGUGUUCUGUCUGCAGAUACCAGGUAGGCUAAUAGACAAGGGUAACGUUAGCUGCUUCGUGCUGUUAGCUAAGUCGCUGUUAUUUCAUUUCGUUAAGAGGAAUGCAACGGCCACCGAGCUUCACUCUUUAGGCUCACUCAAUGAACAUGAACUCUAUUUUUACGGCGGAAAAGUGUUGUGCAUUUUAAACGAACAGUUAUUUUAAGUCAUGGCAAACGACUAUGUAAGGAAGUUUAUACAGAUGUGUAAUUAUCUCCAAGACCCCCGCCAUGUAGCGAGGUUUCAAAAUGUUUGCGGCGUUAAAGGGACAUUUCCGGGUAAACUGGUCAAGCCGGACAGUGGAGAUUCGGAGCCGGACUGCCCCGGACUGAAGAAGAGGGUGCAACAAAGGCGACCAAGCGCGGACGUUUGUGUUGGGAAUGGAGCAGCCGGGGAUGCGACCGCGCCACUUUUUAACAGGAUGCAGGGUGACGUUUCCGUCAGGCCUGAUGGUCCAUCAGCAGCUGCUAAUGUCGACCCAGACGCCGCCAGAGCAAAACCCCUCCGGAAAAACUCCCUGACCGGAGAUGUGGGUCAAGAGUUCCUGAUCCACAACAAGUUUCUGUUCUACCUGUUCACGUUUGGGACUGAGCUUGGCAACGAGAUGUUCUUCAUCGUAUUCUUCCCCUUCCUCUUCUGGAACGUCGACGCCCUGGUCAGCCGGAGACUCAUCAUAGUCUGGGCCUGGAACCUGUUCGUGGGGCAGUCCACCAAAGAUAUGGUCCGCUGGUCCCGGCCGGCCUCCCCUCCUGUGGUGAAGGUGGAGGUCUUCUACAACUCCGAGUACAGCAUGCCGUCCACGCACGCUAUGACAGGGACAGCCAUACCCUUCUGUGUCUUCAUGCUGACCUACGGACGAUGGCAGUACCCCUUUCUCUUUGGCUUUUGUGUGGCCCUUAGCUGGAGCGUCCUGGUCUGUGUAAGCAGAGUCUACAUGGGGAUGCAUUCUAUUCUGGAGGUAAUCACUGGCUUCCUGUACAGCCUUCUUAUUCUAGCCUUUUUCCAGCCAAUUUUGGACAAGAUCGACAGCUUCUACAUGAUGGACCACUUUGCUCCACUCGUGAUUAUCGUGUCACAUGUGAGCCUGGGACUUGUGGCUUUCUCUCUGGAUUCCUGGAGCACCUCUCGGGGCGACACAGCUCAGGCUCUAGGCACCGCGGCAGGAGCUGCUAUUGCUACCCAUGUGAACUAUCAGUUUGGGCUGCUGCUGGAUCCACCACUUUCCUCACUUCCUCUAACUUUACCACCAAUCAGCACUAGCUUGGUGGUUGUCUCCAUGCUGCGCUUCCUCAUCGGAGUCGCUGUCAUCCUUGUCACGAGAAUGAUUAUGAAAGCAGUGACAAUUCCGUUUUUAUGUCGAUUGUUCGGGCUGCCUUCAGGUGAUGUAAGAGGGGCGAGGCAGCACAUGAAAGUAGAGCUACCUUAUCGUUACAUUGUCUACAGUGUUGUUGGUUUUAGUUGUGUCUGUGUGGGGCCUCUCCUCUUUAGGAUCCUAAACCUCACCUGAGUGUUGUGUGCAAACUGUCCUUUACUGCUGACAUGUUCAUUUGGUAAAGGCACUUAGAAACAUGCUGCUUGUUUUGACACAAAUAAAGGUUGUGUUUCUGCAUAACAGAAACUAAUUUAAAGGCUAAAUGUGGUGAUAUUCUAUAUUUAUUGUGCUGUCAAUAUUCCUAUGUACCAUAGAGCUCCAUAUUUGUCCAAAAUGUAUUUAAAAACCACCAAAUACAGUAUUUACCUCUGUUUAAAUGUAAACAGCCCAGCUGUUUAGGUACAUUUUUUGCUUUAAAAAAAAUAAAAAUAAAACAAGGUAAAUAUUUGUGCCCCUUUUUUUAAAGAUCAUCUUAGAUUACAUCUUCAGCAGGAGCCAAUGGGCUUCUGAGCCAAGAUCCAUAGAUUAGAGGAAGUUGGAAAGUAUUGAGAGACUUAAUUAUUGUUGUUUUUGGCCUUUUCUUAGGAUUUAUUGACUAUAACAACAAUAUAGAACAUCACCAGCCUUAUCCUUCAAGAUCCACCUGUGGUUGACAAAUUUAAGUGUUGUGUGGAGCUUUGCAAAUACAUCUACCAGAUGUACUGUAAUGAUGCUUGCAUUCAUUAAUGAGGAACAUUGUAUGUUUCCAUUUCAAAUAACAUGUUAUUGGAGAAUUCCAUGCUUUAAGAAAAAAACCAAACCAUGAAUCGGUAAUGUG